UUGGUUUGUGAAAGAACAGGGUAAUUAGUUCGAAAUCCACUUUUCACCUGUGAGCUCAUAAUGAAUUCCACACGUAAACGUAUUUUAAUUAUUAUGUGCCUGGUCCCACUAUUUUUGGUGUUUUUUUUGUUAAAUUACUCGUUUCCUGGUUUGCAAAAUCAAAAUACUAAUCAAAGAGAUAACACGUUUCCAGUCCUAAUAACGGUUUUUUACGAAGCAUUAUGUCCAGACUCCAAGUAUUUUCUUAGUAAACAAAUGCUGCCAGCAUUCAAGACGGCCCCAUCUAUAAUGGAUGUAAAACUUGUUCCUUACGGUAAGGCUACAACAAGACAAUCCGAUGGGAAUAUAUCUUUCGACUGUCAGCAUGGUCCAACUGAAUGCCAAGCAAAUAUGUACCAUGCGUGUGCAGUGGAUAUUAUUAAAGACCCACUUAUACGACUAGAAGUAAUAUCUUGUAUGAUUCGGGACAACCGUUUUCCACAAACUGCAAUGCAAAAGUGCGCUAAACAGCAUAGUUUUAAAAACAUUUACCUCAUACAAAAAUGUUUUGACAGCGAUCAUGGAUUGGAAUUGCUAAAACUGAAUGGAGAAACGACACAUGCAUUAAGGCCAGCCAUUACUUUUAUUCCGACCGUAACAAUAGAUGGGUCACAAGGUCGACAGGCCUCUAUUUUAAAAGACCUACUUUCGGAAGUAUGCAAAGUCUUAGGCGAUACGCACAAAUAUAGAAGUAUAUGCAAAUAAUAUUAUACAAGGGUGCCAAAGAAUCCGCAGCGGAAUCGAUUCAGCUGGAUGUAAUUCCUCUUGAGAACUUCAGCCGUGAUACAGAAUCUAAACAUUUAAAGGGUUUUAGGCAUGUUAAAACCAUAUUUCGAACCUCUCUUGUCAGGACUGUCACCUUGUAAGAUUAAAUUUCCCAAAUGUUUGAUGACUAACUUUUCUAAUUUUAUCGUUGCAGAACCAAUGGUUUUUAAUUUUACCUUCAUUAACUUUUAUAAGUUUUUAUACCCUUACAGAGUAUUAUAAUUUUGGUCAAAAGUGUGCAAUGCAGUGAAGGAGACUUCUUCGACCCUAUAAAGUAUAUAUAUUCUUCAUCUGUUUUGAUUUAUACUGCCAUGUCCGUGUGUCUGUCUGUUUCUACGCAAACUUGUCCCUCAGUUCGACUAUCCACUUCAAACUGCACACCUUCUUCUUUCUUUUGCACGGAUAUAAGUCGGAAUGGCCGGAAUAGGACAAUUUUAACCGAAGUUUGCCUUAUAUUUUUGAUCUUAACCGCAAAGGGUAUCCCUUUCGGCUCCGUCCAAAGUUAGCUUUCCUUCCUGCUUUUUUUUUGGUAUUUAAAUUAAUUAAAUUAAGGUAAAAAAACAUUCCAAAUUUGGGACCCAAACAAAAAAAUUACCUUGUAAUUAGUUAAUAACAUCUCCACAAUUACAAUAUUAUGCAACUAAAAAAUAAAUGUAAAUAAUAAAUAAAAAAAAUGUAGAUUAA